CUGCUGUCAUAACAUGGUAAUGCAGGACGGACAGAAUUUGUGUGCCCGGUAGCUAGUCUGCUAGCCAGUUACUCACAGCUAGCGUUAGCUAACAAAAAAAAAAAGAAAAAAAAAAGCUAGCUACCGGGCCCGUUCCAGUUGCCCCCGUUUCUACUUGACUCGGUAGACGAGGCCUUUGUAAAUGAUAACGCCACCUACGCCGUUCAACCUUGAUAAAUCAUUUAGCAGCUCACCCAUGUUAAACUCCGUCUUUAUGGGGAUAUUAUUCGUUAAAAUAAUAUAAAAAAUGAAAAAUAGAAGUACAUGUCUGCGUUGAGUGCUAUCAUGCAACUGUCCGUCGCUAGCGCAGAUAUGCACCUGUUUUAUUCUAGGCGGAAACAGCAGCGAGGUGCUGCUGCUGCUGGAGAACCGACCGCACAAAUGUCUGCCUCUCUCAGAAAUACUGCAGCUAACGUUAGCUCAAACAGACAACACAAUCGAAACUGUUACUAACAAAAGCUUGCCUCUGGGCCGUAGACUGCACACGGCAGCGUUAAGAUGAGACAGCUCCUUCACUUCCAACCGUGGGAAAUCAAAGUCGAGUCUAUAAGUUGAGGCCAACCGUGUGUACCACUUAUGACUCCUCCUCCCCUUUAUUUGGAAACAGGUGAAAAGAUAAAGUGCGCACAGGCGUCCUGCACCCCAGUCUGCUGACACACCGGGAGGACAGUGCGCACUACGCGUCCGUGUCAUUGGACUCUAUAUGGAUACAAACCCCGGUCAACGCAGAUACAUGGGGAUACAUUAGUGGGAACUGCAGCCUGCGACCUUUUACAUGAAAAUUGAGCAGCACUGAAGGACCUCGGAGAGCCAGAGAACGAGCGCUGGCCUUCGUUUGACUGCGUGACCAGCGGAUGAGCCCCGUUCAUGCGUCUCCCUGCAUGCCACUCCCACAUCACUAUGAACUGUGAGCAGGACUUUGGAGAUGGGGGCUUGGGAGUGACCCUCACACUACGGCUGCUCAUGCAUGGAAAGGAGGUUGGCAGCAUCAUAGGAAAGAAAGGAGAGACUGUGAAACGAAUACGAGAAGAGAGCAGCGCUCGGGUCAACAUCUCAGAGGGAUCCUGUCCGGAGAGGAUCAUCACCAUCACCGGCUCCACAGACAGCGUCUUCAGAGCUUUCACCAUGAUCACAUACAAACUGGAGGAGGACCUGACUACGCUGGUGGCCAACGGCACCAUAAGCUCCAAGCCACCAGUCACCCUGCGACUGGUCAUCCCUGCCAGCCAGUGUGGCUCUCUCAUCGGGAAGGGAGGGGCCAAGAUAAAGGAGAUCAGAGAGAGCACCGGAGCUCAGAUACAGGUGGCAGGGGAUUUGCUGCCCAACUCUACUGAGCGAGGGGUGACGAUAUCUGGGAAUCAGGACUCAGUAAUCCAGUGUGUCAAACUCAUCUGCACAGUAAUCCUGGAGUCUCCUCCGAAGGGUGCCACCAUCCCCUAUCGACCGAGCCCCUCACCAGCUGCCCUCCUCAUCGCGGGGAACCAGGUGUUUGAGGCAUCAGAAUUUGCACCCCACCCUCUGUACUCAGUCACCCAGGGAGGUCUGGACCUCCAGCAGGCCUACACUUUGCAAAACCAAUAUGGCAUUCCACACUCAGAGCUGGCCAAGCUUCAUCAGCUGUCAGUGCAGCAAGGCCUGAGUCCCAUUACCCAGCCUGCUUCGACUAUCAUACCUGGGAUGGACUCGAACUCUCAGACAUCUCAGGAGCUGCUUAUUCCCAAUGAUCUGAUUGGCUCGAUCAUCGGCCGUCAGGGCACUAAGAUCAAUGAGAUCAGGCAGGUGUCAGGAGCUCAGAUCAAGAUCGGCAGCCAGCUGGACGGGACAAGUGACCGUCAUGUCACUAUCACAGGAACACCGGUCAGCAUCAACUUGGCCCAGUACCUCAUUACCUCCUGUUUAGAGACAGCCAAAUCCACGGCCCAGGCAGCCACCAUGGCAACUCCGGUCGACCUCAACAUGGCCUUCACCCAGCCGACCUCCCCAGCUGCCUCUCCCGCACCCACCCUGGCUGCUGUGGGCGCACUGACCCCGGCUCAUGUGUUGGGCACCCCAUACGGUGCCAUGCCACUCUCCGGCCUGCUCGGGGUGAAGUCUGUCCCCUUUCUGACUCUGUCCAGCCCCACCCCAACCGUGGCUGUCACUGCAGCACCCUCCCACACCACUCUGGCCGCCUACACCGCCAAAAUCUCCUCAGCCAACUGCAUCAAAAAGCCAGAAAGACAGAAGUUCGCUCCCUACUGAUGCAGCCUCUGUCUGGAGAGUUAGAUGAAGGACAGCUGUGCAGUGUUCUUCCACAAACGCCUGAUGUAGCCAUAUCCGCUGGCAGAGAUGCUCUUGACUUUAAUUCUGUGAUGCACCAACAGAGAAGAGACCAAUGGAGAUGUGGAUAAAGCUAUUAAAAUUUAUUUACAGUUAUAGAUAAUUUGUGAGUUUCCCAUGAAUUGAUGGACUGCUUUCAUCGUCACCUCAUCACUGUUAUUGAUCACUAAAAAAAAGGGCUGGAACCUCACCUGAGAGACACAUGUUUAAAUAACUUUUACAUGUGUGUCUCAAGUUAGGGAUCAGCUACGAGUAUUUAUCCUUCAGUAAAUUUGUAAAUUAUACUCAGAUGACAAAUGCUCUACUGUAUAAUGCUUUUAUACAAUGUCUAUGUUUGCCUCUGGAAGUUUUUAAGAAAAUUUGUAAACGUAU